GUUUGUAGCGAGAAUACUUCUAUGUUUUUAUUAUUGACUUUAAUCCUAAAGGUAUCAGAUCAGGUUUCAUAUCAAUUUGUUUUGUGUGCUGCAGUAUUUAAAUAUUUCAAAAUUAUCACCCAUAUCAGAACAAUUUAAAAGUGUUAUGAACAUAACAAGAUGAACUUGCUUUGUUUCCUCGCUUUAACUUUAGUUGUUGUCAACUGUACACAAGUGAAUCAACGAUUAAAUGGCGGUGUACGCGUUUCAACUUCAUGCGAAGGCGGGAUUGUGGUACUUGAAUGCAGCCGUGAUUUGAAGACGUACGUAAUGAAAGCGGAGUACGGCACAAGUAGCUCAUGCAUGAAUCACCAUGUGGGAGCUGUAACUUCUUGUGGCGUGAUGGUGGUAACUUCACAGAUCCGGCUCUUGUGCACUGGAAAGUACGUAUGUCACGUUAAUGUUGAUGGAACAAUGAUGCUAAACACGGCGUCACUUGAAGCUCGAUUGUGUUUAGCGAAUUCUGAAAAUCAUUUGGAAGUUCAAUAUCGAUGUUUGUCAGAUUGUUCACCUCCUCAAGUACAAAACGAUGUGGCAGUUAUUGGAAACUCAUAUGCUGUUGGCUCCAACGUUACCCUACACUGCCCGUUAGGUUUUAUUCCAAAAGACACUCAUGGAACUUUUGUUCAACGCAUCAGAUGCACCGAGAAUGGAGAAUGGGAUGCGCAAUCUAUAUCAUGUGAAGACUUAGAUGAAUGUGCUGAAGUGAGACAAAACAACUGCCACAACAACGCUUACUGUCGAAAUACAUUUGGUAGCUAUUUGUGCUCUUGUAAUGUUGGUUUCCAUGGCGACGGGUAUUCCUGUGAGGUCACGCCUACUUCACCAUUUGUUGGUCGAAGUACAAUAAGAUGUAACGAGCCAGUUAUAACCAAUAAUUCAAAAGUCAUCUUGGAUGGAGAACGUUCUGAUUACCAAUACAUGGGAAGACCAUUAAACAUUUCUUGUUCUGAAGGGUUUGUAAUGGUUGCUGCCCCCUCAGCACAGUUAACUAUUUACUGCAACCAGAAUGGAGAAUGGUCUAAUGCUAAUGACACUGAAUUUCCGUUUUGCAGAGCUAUUACUUGUCAAAUAACUGAUGAUAUAAAGUCGAGUAUCUUUGGGUCCAUGAACGUAAUUCAUUCCAAUGGAACAAUAUUGACCAAUACAGCUGGCGUGGAAGUUCCAUAUAACACAAUAAUCACAUAUAAGUGUAAGCCUGGGUUCAUAAACAUUGGAGGGAGCUUUCGAAAAUGUGUAGGAACAACCAGUAUGAUAUGGACCGGUAGCAAUGUGCGUUGCGAGAAAGAUAAUGGAAUACAAGUUCUAACAAAUUUUCAAAUUGCUUUGCUGGCAUCAAUAACUAGUGCAGUGGUGAUUCUAACAGUUGGUGCGGCUCUUGUUGCAAGUUUUCUCACAAGCUGUAAAUCAAGAAGAUCUCAAGAUGUAAACGAUGCUAACAACACGUUUUAUUGUAGCGACAAUUUAAGUCGAAACCUCUCAACAAAUCGAUUAAACAAAAAAAAACGCAGUCAAUUGUGUAGGAUUGAAUUCAGUACAAGUUAUGGACAGAGUACACAGUAACUAUAAUUUUCAAAAUUCAUAUCGGACAACUGUGACGUAACUGCAGAAAUUUACUUUCGUCGCAAACAUUUUUAU